AUCUGAAACCGGGAUAAAGUUUCCAAAAAAACUUAAGGAAAAAACUUCCUGCGAGAGGAGACGCGUGCCAACCUCCAGCCAGAGAGCAGUGUCUUCUUACGGCAAGAAGCGCAGAGAAAAUGGAAGAGGGCUCCAGUUCUCCGGUCUCCCCUGUGGAUAGUCUGGUGACCAGCGAGGAGGAGCUGGACAGGCAGCAGAAACGCUUCGCGAGGAAGAGGAGACACAGUAAAAAGUCCAGCGAGGACAGCAGCAGCGGCGGCAGCAGCAGCAGCCCGGGACCGCCGGUCAAACGGGGGAAAAAGCCGAGCCCGAGCAGCACUCAGUCGUACGAGGAGCUGCAGAACCAGCGGGUCCUGGCCAACGUCCGGGAGAGGCAACGGACUCAGUCUCUGAACGAGGCCUUCGCGUCUUUGCGCAAAAUUAUCCCCACGCUCCCCUCGGACAAACUGAGCAAGAUACAGACGCUGAAGCUCGCCUCCAGGUACAUUGACUUCCUCUGUCAGGUGCUGCAGAGCGACGAGAUGGACAGCAAGAUGUCCAGCUGCAGCUACGUCGCGCACGAAAGACUCAGUUACGCGUUCUCCGUGUGGAGGAUGGAGGGCGCUUGGUCUAUGUCAGCAUCUCACUAGCACCCAGAGACCUUCACUUAUCUUUGCCAAAGCGACUGUUUACUUCUACAAAGUAUGAAGACCAAAGGUAUUAUUGAAGAACCCAUCGACCUCAAAGGCAUGGCGGAGGAGAGACGUAAUGUGACCCACGACUACAGACUCUCGGGGAAGCGCGCGCGUGCGUGUGCGUGUGUGUGUGUGGAUGCAGAUGUGAUCACGCUGCUUAUGGAGCUGGAGGUGGAGGUGGAGGAGAGGGGGAUUUACGGCCUGUAUUUCAACAAAGCCAUCCUUUAACCUUUUUAUUUUUGAAGGAAAUAUAUUUUGUUUUUCAAAGACUUUAAACCAAAGUAUAAAUAUAUAUAAAUGAAUGCAUAUUGUACAUACCUGUGUAAGUGCGCCUAUAGCUUGUAAAGGGACCAAUGCAAUUUAGAGUCAUUCCUGCAUGGAUUUAUUUCACCGACUUUCUUUCAGUAGCAAGUCUCCAAAAAAAAAAAAAAAAAAAAAACAACAACAACUCCGUCCAAUGUACAUUUUUUGUUUGUUUUUGCUUAUUUAUUAAAACAUAUUUUUGAACAAAA